CAGUACUGUACCUUACAAGGAACCAAAGAGGUAGGUUCAGUUUGAGUUGCUCGAUCUCCAUGGCUUCCAAGGCGAUGCUUGUCAUGGCGGUGGCGGCGACGGCGGUCGCCUUCCUCCCCUUGCCCGCCUCCGCCACCGUCCACGUCGUCGGCGACGGCAGCGGGUGGACGCUCGGGUUCGACUACACCGCCUGGUCCGAGAGCAACCAGUUCAGGGUCGGCGACGCCCUAGUGUUCAAGUACAACAAGGCCAACCAUAACGUGGUGGAGGUGAGCGGGCCGGACUUCAGGGCGUGCAACAGCGCCAAGGGCCUCGGCGCCUGGAACUCCGGCAGCGAUCAGGUCCAGCUCGCCAGCGCCGGCAGGAGGUGGUUCGUCUGCGCCGUGGGCAGCCACUGCGUUAUGGGCAUGAAGCUCAACGUCACCAUCCUCGCCGCCGACGCGCCUUCGCUUGCCCCUGCACCGGCACCGUCCUCGUCUUCUCGCAAUACAAUCCUCGCCGCCGACGCUCCUUGGCUUGCCCCUGCACCUGCACCGGCACCGUCCUCGUCUGCUCACAAUACAAUCCUCGCCGCCGACGCUCCUUGGCUUGCCCCUGGGCCGGCACCGUCCUCGUCUGCUCACAAGUCCAGGCGGCCCUUUGUUACCAAGUGGUGAUGACCUGCCGGCGCCCCUGUACCAAGUACCGACUAUGUUGUUCCUGC